GUGACUUGGGUAACACAACACGUUUGACCUGGCCGCUGCUGUGCUGCUGGAUGCCGAGUGCUGCGCGCCCUGCUUGGCAUGGCGCUAAAUGCCUGGGAUGAAUGCACAAACCUUUGGUGGAGGCUCUUGGAAGCAGAGGAGGACCUGUCCAUUGCCAAGAAGAAGUGCGAAGAGAUUCAAAGGGAGAAGGAGCGUGGACGCCAUGUGCGUGCGAAGCGCACUGAGGCGGCAGAGGAUGACCUGCACACCGCCAGCCUUCAUUUCCUCCACCUGCAGCAGCAUCUGGGCCUCGGCCACGACGUCGUGUGCAUCGCCAGCGCCUUUGGCGCGCUGCGGCGCCACGUGGGCCGCGCGCAGCGGCAGAUGGGACACCUAGGCGAAAAGCUGGGCCUCCCCGGGGAAGUGUGGCAGAAGGUGGUGAACGCAGCGUUGCCAUCCCUGGGGUCGGAGUGAGAUGUCGAAGUCGAGUUCUCUCGUGAAGCGCAAAGACUCUGAAAAUCAGCUGCGGUGUCCGACGGAAUUUCUUGUAGAGUGAAAUAGAUGGUUUGAACUGGAU